AUGCAACCCGUCGGAGCCCCCGUUCAUGAAAGGAAGCUGCCCAGCUUCGACGAGCUGCCUAUGUUUCAUGACAUGACUGGCUGCGCUUGGGAUGUCUGGGGAAAGGGAGAUCAGUUAGGGACGGUGAAUCUGCUUACAGAUGCACUUGUGCAGCGGACAGCCAAGGAAGAGAUCAGGACUGGCCAAGCAGUUUCGCUGAACUGGCCGAUCAACUUCCCGGAAAAGCCUGUGUUCAAACGCCGGGAGCCCGAGAUAGUUUCGCAUUAUCUCAGAGAGGGAAGUGGCAUUCGGGACGAUGAAAUACACAUCAACACUCAGUCGGGCACACAAUGGGACUGCUUCAGGCACUUCCACGCUAUACCGUACAAUACGAUCUACGGAGGCGUCAAACUUCAGGACGUUCCGGUCGGCCACAUCUCCUUUCCUGACCCCAUGAAUGUCGAUCCCGAUAUCAUCAAGAUGGGCGUGCACAACUGGGCUCAGCACGGCAUCUGUGGUCGGGGUGUUCUGCUUGACCUCGUCGAGUACUAUACCAAAGACGGGGGAACUCUCCCUUACGAUCCCUGGUUCACACAUGCCAUCACCGCCACCGAACUUGAGAGCUAGGCAUUUGCUGGGAUCGAGCACAGCGAGGAUAUGAAACGGUUCUUGUGGGACAACCACUUCGCGGCGAUUGCAUCCGAUCAACCCGCUCUCGAGUGCUUUCCGCCUGGUGAGAGAUACAUGCACGAGACCAUUCUUUCGAUGUGGGGUAUGCCGCUAGGCGAAUUCUUCGAUGUAGAGAAGUUAUCGGAAGUAUGCAAGGCUACAUGUCGUUACACGUUCUUCUUCUCAUCUUGGCCUUUGAACGUAUUGGGAGGAGUCGCAAGCCCUCCGAAUGCCGCCGCCUACUUCUGA